UUUUGUGUUUUUAGACAUAAAAGAAAAACAGAUUUGUCAAGGAAAAAAUGUCUGAUUCUGAUAAGAUAAUGGAACCUUUGGAAUCAGCUGAACCAAAUGAGUCUUAUAGUGAGGCUCAGGAGGAAAAUGCUGAGGAGGCUGACCUCCCAAUUUUGGUUGAGGACUCAGAUGAGGAAGGGGAGCCCAUGGAAAUGGAGGAUGCAAAGGGAGAUUUGAAGUCUGCGCCAACUGAAAAGUCAGCCCUUUCUGAUAGUCCACCUUCAGUGAUUUUGCCAAAAUCGGCAGCGGACCUUGCCAAGAAGCUGGCUUCUUUAUCAGAGGAUUGUCUUCAGAGGAUGGUGGACUUUGUCCCCUUCCUUGAGAGUAAAAAGCAUGCCCAGAUAGGGCAUGAUGGUUUAAAGGCCAAAUUGGAUAGGCUCCAGGAGGAGUCUCAAAGAUAUGCUGAGAACAUCUCUUCCCAGAAGCGCAUUCUUCAAAAAUUUGCAUUGGAGGAAAAGGAAAUGGCAGACAAGUGCAAGGGUCUGGAAGAAUGCCGUGAGGUCAUAGUUGACCUGCAUGACAAGGAGGAGAACUUAGUGCUCCAAGUGGAGUCUUCAAUGAGAAGGCAAAUGGAGAGGCAUGCAGGACUUCCAGCUGGGGAUUACCUGCAUGACAAGGAGGAGAACUUGGUGCUCCAAGUGGAGUCUUCAAUGAGAAGGCAAAUGGAGAGGCAUGCAGGACUUCCAGCUGGGGAUCUCCAGAUUUGGAGUACUGGGGAUACAAAAAUCUUCCUUGGGAGUGUGGAGGUGAUUCAAGAAUAUUGGAUGGAGGAGGCCAAGUUUGCCACAACACAGCGGCGCAAUAAACAAGCUAUUGUGGACCUGCUCAAGCAGCUGAAAACCCCAGAGAAUUUGGCAGCUGGGGGGAGCAAACGUCAGAGGGAUUCUGAAGGGGGUUCUACAUCUGAAGGAUCUUUGGUUCCAGGCAGCUUAAUCAAAAAAGUGAAAACAAGAAUGACAUUACCAGUUCAGGUUUCCCCAGCUAAGGGAAUGAUCUUCAUCCCUUCAGAAGCAGUCUAUUUCAACCAGAGGAUCCUAUCUAUUGUGGACCUGCUCAAGCAGUUGAAAACCCCAGAGAAUUUGGCAGCUGGGGGGAGCAAACGUCAAAGGGAUUCUGAAGGGGGUUCUACAUCUGAAGGAUCUUUGGUUCCAGGCAGCUUAAUCAAAAAAGUGAAGACAAGAAUGACCUUACCAGUUCAGGUUUCCUCAGCUAAGGUUAAGGGAGCCCUCAAGAAGGGGCUUUUUGGAGAGGAGUUGGAGGAGGAGAUUUCUGAACUGAUGAAUCCUUGGAAUGAUCUUCAUCCCUUCAGAAGCAGUCUAUUUCAACCAGAGGAUCCUAUCUCCUAUAAGAAGAAUGUUUUCAAGCGCUUUGGGCUCAAAGUUGACAGACUGGACAGGGACUCAAAUUCCUGGUUGCGUGGCCUAAGCAGUCUAUUUCAACCAGAGGAUCCUAUCUCCUAUAAGAAGAAUGUUUUCAAGCGCUUUGGGCUCAGGGUUGACAGACUGGACAGGGACUCAAAGUACUUUUUGCCAGUUCCUGGUUGUGUGGCUCAGGAUUACACCUAUGGGUCUCCGCAAAAUCGUUUCAAUCAAGGGGCCAAGAUUAAAAACUCUGGGAAGGGUCCCUGUGUUUUGCUGUUGGGGACUUCACUUACUGUGCCAUGGCGUUUGGCAGGAGGGCGCCAGACUUUUUGUGACAAUGUCAGGCCUGAAAAGGCAACAACUCGUGGAGUUUUUGAUUUUGAGCAUUUAUUGGCUGGUCGAGAAAUUGACAUGUUCCAGUAUUCACUCAGUGGCUGGGCUGCUCUAAUUGGAUCGGAUGAGCAAGUGGUGUCCCCAGAGGAGAUGAGGAACAGGGUGUACUAUGAUCUGCAUCUGGACUCUUCCUUCAGGUUCACACACGUCUUU